ACUGACAUGAUAGUUAGCCUGUAGCUAUCCCAGACUAGUCGGUUUAUUUCGUUAACUAACUCGAUAUAUGGUUCGAAAAUAUGCCGGUUACUUAAAAUACAUGUUUAUUUUUUAUUUAAAUAAUGUUUUAUUUAUUCGGUUCUUAAAAAAUUCUAUAUUAUUUUGAUGAAUCCCCAGUUUCUGUAUUGCUAGUUAUCAAAGCUAGCUAAGGCUUCCACGAUAAACCAAAGCUACACUAGAACGUACUUAAUUAUUAAUAAAUCUUAUGUUAAAUUAGAACACGGUCAGCGCUGACGUUAAUAAUUUAUAUUACUAUUGAAUACAUUAUUGUGCUGUUUGGGACACAAUCCAAAAAGCCACGCACAGGCCAUAAACUCCCACAAUGCUUCAUUUAACACGAUGAAUAAUAACGUGUUUCACCUCGACGAUUUCCGACAGAAAUAUGAAAGUGACGAGCAGUGGCGUGCGAGAGGGUUACUCAUACACAAACACUUAAACAAGUAUGAUGAGAAUAACAUAGAUCAGCUGCUGGCCUUGUCCAUGGUCUGGAUCAACCAUGUGUUCAUGGGCUGCAGAUAUGGCCCACAUCUGAUGCAGAGAGUGCUUGAGAUGGCAGAGGGGAUUAAUGUUGGCGAAAUGCUUUCAUAUGAACUAGUCCCAAGCGCUGAAGCCAAAAAAAGACAAAAUUCAUCUGAUGGAAGUGAGGAGCCAAUGAGGAAGAUGCACGUGUCUAAUUUUGGCUCUAGACCAAGAUUUGAGCCAGUACAGUUUGUCACUGGGAGCAGCCUGAGCAGCAGUAGAGUAGGAUGCACCGAUGGAAAAGAAAAUGAAACGGAGCGUAGGAGAGAGGAGAUGAACCACACAGGGCCAAGGGAUACAGAGCAGCAAUGGUACAGCAAUGACACAGGCUAUAACUCUCCUUCCAGCUCUUCCUUUGACGGAGGAUCAUCAUACAGUCAUGACUCAUGGAGCGAUCAGAGCAGCAGCAACAUGUCCUUUGGAAACAAGAGCGGGCUUGGCUAUGGGGGAAGAGCACCUAACUCGAACUUUAUAGGAAAAAUGCAGCAGGACUAUACAGCAAGAUAUGAGGCACAUACUUCAAGACAGAAAAACUCGCCCCCCCAGUCAAGCCGAUAUGAUAGUUACGCAGGGGGGAGGUCUGGGCGUUGGGAUUCUGGAAGGCAUGGUUUGGGCUUUGGUCAUCAGGACAGGCCACAGUCUAGCAAAGCUAUGAAUAGAGUCUAUGACACUCCAAGCAGAGGAAGUCCUGGCCUGCUUCCUACACCAUGUAUACCAAAGACAAUCUCACCAGCAACAGUAGAGGAGAAGCAGAGGCUAAUCGUGAGGGUUUUAAAUGCUGUAGCUGUAACCCUCCGGGAUCCUGCGUUUGUUGGUGGACCCGACGGCCCGAAUUAUAAUUUCAUUCUCAGUCGCAGCAUUCAAGCUUGUAAAACUAAUCCAGAAUACAUUUAUGUUAAUUUGAAGGAUAUUCCCCAGUCCGAUCUACCCAAGAACAAGAAAGUGCCAUCCGAGGGCUAUGCAUGUGAGCUGAGAUGUUCUGCAGUGUACCUUGCAACAGGUUACUCUGGCAGCAAGAACGGUGCCAGGGAUCGUGCAUCAGAGCAGGCCGUCAAAACAUUCAUGAAGCCGGUGGAAGUCCGUGUCGUGCAGCGUCAGUACAAACGCAACUACGUCAGUGACAUGGUGGUGUGCCAGAUCAACACACCAACCCCACCUUUAGUUCCACCCCUACGCAACCCAGAGGACAGUCCGCCACCUAGUACCAAAGGUCAGUACGUGCCUGAUAAAUCCAAACACUGGUCAGAAUGUGUCCUGAAUGAGAAUGCACACGAUGCCAUCUGUAUCCUCAACAAUUCUGCUGCCUGCAACCGGAUGAAAAUCGACUACGCCUUCAGUCCAAUACCUAACAGCAAUAUGUGGGUGUGUAGUGUAUACCUGCAGGGUGAGCUUUUGGCACAAGCCAGGGGUACAAAAAAGACCUCCAAGCACAUUGCAGCUGAGGAGGCCGUGAAAAAGCUACGAAUGAACCAGGCCAACCGGCAGCACCAGGAACAGUACGAACAAAACCAUCAGCAGUCGUUUUUUCAAGAAAACCCCACCUUCGAGCAGCCUACUAACCAUUUUAAUCAACUGGGUGGAGGCAAGAAAAAGCUCAGUGAACUGGUUAUUCUGGAAAACUCUGAUAAUGCCAUUUGCAUCAUCAACGACACGGCGCAGUUCAAUAAAGUCACUGCGGACUACAGAUUCACUAUGUUAGCAGACCAGAACUGGAGAUGUGAAGUUUAUUUAGAGGGCCAGUUUGUAGCUUCUGGGAUCGGCCCCAAGAAAAUCGUUAAACACGUCGCAGCUGAAGAGGCCAUUGCUACACUGAAACGUACAUACGCGGUGGUGAAGUCCAACCUCAGGAAGGAAGGCAACGUGGAUGCUCUUUCCCGAAAUCAGAUCAUGGCCCGCGCCGGAGAAGAGGCCAUGCGGCAGGAGAUCAAGGAGGACAACAUCGGUAACCAGUUGCUGCGUAAGAUGGGCUGGAAAGGCGGCGGUUUAGGCCGAGAGGGAGAAGGCAUCGCAGAACCAAUCAUGGUUAAGGAACAGUUUACUAGAGAAGGACUGGGUAUGGACCGGGACAGACAUGGGAAUCACCUGACCAAGCGUAACAUUGAGGAAAUCAUACGCAAUUAUGCUUGCUCAGAUCGGCAGGACGACCUGCGCUUCUCCACAGAGUUGAAUAACGACGAGCGCAAGCAGAUCCAUCAGGUCUCACAAAAAUACGGGCUGCGGAGCAAAUCCUACGGUCAGGGAAAACAGCGCUUUCUUGUCGUUAGCCGAAGAGUUCACAAGGACCAACUGAUCGGUCAGCUGCUGCAAGAGGGUCAGGUUGGACGGUACGAGUUGGUCAAACCACAGGCCUCUCACUGAUGGACCUCAAAAAAAAAAAAAACUUCAGAUAACCAUUACUGACUAAAGCAGCUAUGCUCGUGUUUAUUUGAGCAUAUUUUUUUUUUUUUUUUUUUUUUAAAGCGUGUUAAUCCUGACGAUGCUUUUUUUUUUUAACUGUGGCAAAUCUUAUCUUCUUGUAACAUUAGUGUUAGUACUGGCAGUAUCUCGAGUGAGACUACGGUAUACACAAGCUUCCAUGCUGACAUUAUAUAUCCUGUAUUCUGGGAUUUCACAAAGUAAAAAGUGAUGAAUAUUAUGCCAGCAUGUGCUAACUAAUGUACACAUUCCAUAUUCAUGAAAAUCAUCUGCCCUAUCUAUGUUCAGGUCCAUUUCUGUUUUAAACAACAUCUUAAAAUGUACCAAAUAUUAAAGUUUAAUAAUAAAAAAAACAUCUACUUUUCUUAUUAGUGAGGUGAAGAUUGGGUGUUGUAAAAUAUGCUUUAGAAGCAGUGUUCUUGUGAUUUUUUUUUUUUUGGUUUGUUUUUUAUUUGUGAAUGGUCAUGUCUGUGUUGACGAACAUUUAAAAAUGAACCUGCCCCUUGUCCUCUAGUUAUCAAAAUAAUGAAAUAAAACCACCUGAGAUUUUGCGGCCUGUUACCAUGUAAAAAUGUUGAUUUGCUGAUUCAUUUUUAUACAAAUAUUUGAAAUAAAAAAUUUGUCUUUUCAGCAGCA